UUUCAAUCAGUUGUCAUGCGGUUAGAUUUCAGUUUAGUUCUUGUAUUAAUUUUGUAGUAUUUUUUUUUUUUUUGCUUUUAUUCGAAAAAAAAAUGUAUAUUAAAUCCUUGCGAAGCCUGGGCUCUAUGGCCAGUCCCACGAAAUUAAUUUGUCUAGUCAAACGACCGCACAUCCAAUCCUCAACGCCAGCAUCAACCUCUUCGGGUGCCUGCUAUACGAAUCGUCGAGAGUUGAGCCACCUGUGUGCCCGUUUCAAUCUGAAAUGGACCAUCAUUGAGUUGCUCUGCAAUUUGCGUAGUCGCUAUUGGAUGUGGAGAUUGCAUCGCAUGUUGGAUAAAGAGUUCUCCGAAUCAGAAUUCCUGCGGGGCACUCGAGAGGCAGCUGUCGUUAUGAUCGAGGCCAUUCGACGGGCUGACUGGGCGUGCAUACACAAUUGCUGCACCACUGAGGGAUCUUUGGAUGUGUAUAGUUUGGCUCAAAAUGGCAAAACACCGCUAAUGGAUUUAAUCAGAUUUCAGUCACAACAUCUGCGAGAUGCCGUUCCCGUCAAUGUGGCAAGAGAUUGGAUCGACGGCAAGUGCUAUAUCUUUGUCGAUAUGGCAUUUAUCGGUAUAAGGAAUAUUCGAGAUUUUGCCACCACUGCCGAACAAGACGAGAUGAUGGAAUUGACGCAAAAUGCAUUAAGAGAAUCUCAAAUGCCCGAACAAUUGGUUCCCUCACAUAGUCGCAUUUUUUUAGCCGAAAUUUUAAUAACAUUUCGUCGUGAAUUGAUCAGCGAUGCGGAGGAGGAAAGUGAAGGAGAAGGCGCGGAUUGGCUUGUGGACGCCUACAAGGUGUUUCGUUUCAAGCUGGUCAACUUCAGUCCCGUAACAUUGCAAUGUCGUGUAAUUGAGUUCUUAAAACCAGUUUAAUCCCCCCUCUCACCUGCGUCCAAUCACGUCUGGCGUUCCUCAACAAAAUCGUCGGUUCAAUGUACUCGCAUUCAAAUUCAAUAAUCUCCAUAUAUUGAAUUUCUCUAAAUACAAAACAAAACACGUCUGUUCUCUA